UUUUUCUUUUUGCCAGCAUCAGGAGUCAUUUCUUCUUUACAAUUCACAGAUCUGUAGUAAUGGCCAGUUGAUACUUAAAUUAAUGUAUUUUAUCGACAAAGAUCUUUAACUCAAAUUUUUAAUUUUUUUUUACUUAUUUGAAUAAAAUGAUCCGGCGUCUACAUUUUUCAGUACAAAGGCGGUUUAAGUUGGUGAUGCUGUCCCUCCUAUUUUUUACAUUUGCCAUGCAUUUUGCUCUAGACAUUUUUUCUUUUUCUACAACAGUUUCUUGCCCAUGUCCAUCUCAAAACCAUCUCAGAACCAAAACACAUUUGGUCCAGAAGAUGCCAAUUGUAAGGACACUGCAAGAUUUUAGUGGCAGCAAUGGAUCUUCAGUGGAUGGAAGUCAGAUGUUGAAGACUUUAAAAAUAAGCCUAAAUGUUCAGAAAAAAGCAACAAAAAGAUAUAAAGGAUCAAAGCUGGCAUCUCUUUUCCAGAACCCACUAUACAAUACCCUAAUGCCAAUCAUCAAAGAGGAGGACAAGCUAUUCAGAGUGAACACAGAGGAAAAAUUUACCCUAAAAAGCAGUGGAAGUGAUGAGUGGGUCAGUGCUGGAAUGGAGUUUGUUCUACCAACAGGUGAAACUGCUUCUGAAACUUACCCGACAUGGCUUAAGUUCCACAUGGGAAUAAACCGAUAUGAGCUAUACCCUAGACAAGACCCUCUUAUUCCUAUCUUGCUGAAAGAGAUGUCUACACGCCGCAUCCUUAAUUCUGUUCAAAAACCUGGAGGGACGCAGCUUAAACUUCUCAUGACUUUCCCAGACUAUGGACAAGCUCUCUUCAAACCCAUGAAACAGGAACGUGAUCAGGAGACACCUCCCGAUUUCUUCUAUUUCUCCGAUUUUGAGAGGCACAAUGCUGAGAUUGCAGCUUUCCACCUGGACAGAAUCCUGGAUUUUCGAAGAAUCCCUCCUGUGGUUGGACGUCUACUGAAUAUUGUUAAAGAAGUCAGAGAUAUCACUACAGAUAAAAAGUUAUUCAAAACAUUCUACAUCUCCCCAGCCAAUAAUGUUUGCUUCUAUGGGGAGUGCUCCUACUACUGUUCUACAGAGCAUGCACUAUGUGGCAAGCCUGACCACCUGGAAGGCUCACUUGCUGCCUUCCUUCCAGACACUACACUAGCCAAGAGGAAAUCAUGGCGCAGCCCUUGGAGACGGUCCUAUCAUAAAAGUAAAAAGGCUGACUGGGAACUGAAUCCCAAAUACUGUGACACAGUAAAAGUGACUCCACCCUACAAUGAAGAAACCCGACUUCUUGACUUGAUAGAUCUAUCCAUCUUGGACUUUUUCAUGGGCAACCAAGACCGACACCAUUAUGAGACAUUUGAGAAGUUUGGAAACCAAACAUUCCUCCUGCAUUUGGACAAUGGAAGAGGGUUUGGACGUCAUUCAUAUGAUGACCUUUCCAUUCUGGCUCCUCUUCAGCAGUGCUGCAGGAUCAAGAAGUCAACUUUGCAGAGGCUUGAACUCCUUGGUACUGAUCCUUAUCUAUUGAGCGAUGUCAUGCGUGAAUCUCUGUCUGCAGACCCUCUCCCGCCCAUCCUAUCAGAGCCUCAUCUUUUUGCCCUUAAUCGAAGACUGGGCCUCAUUCUAAAUGCUGUAAAUCAAUGUUUCCAACAGGAAGGCAAACACAAAGUGGUUUAUGAUGAUUUAGCCAAGAUAUAUCAUGAUAGAAGAUUGUAGGUUUAUCUUUUGUUUAAAGUACUCAAAUUUGUGACCUCCUGUAAAAGAUAUACUGAAGGACCACAAAUGAUGUCAAUAAAAUUAACAUAUUACCUAAAGAAAUAUGCACCAUU